AUGUGUAUCAAGCUUUCUAUUUCUGUUGUUGUGGUUGCUUGUCCUUGUGCUUUGGGCCUUGCUGCGCCCACUGCCGUGAUGGUAGGAACCGGUGUUGGAGCUACCCACGGAGCAUUGAUCAAAGGGGGAGACAUUUUGGAAAAAGCCAGUAAAAUCAACGUCAUUUUGUUUGACAAGACGGGAACGUUGACGUCGGGCGAGAUGAGCGUGUCAAGGUCUCGGCAAAUUUGCAAGAGCAAUAAUCUCAAGACAGCACAGUGGUGGCAUUUGAUUGGAGCCUUGGAGGUCCAUUCCGAGCAUCCUGUGGGCCGUGCUAUAACCCGAGAAGCUAAGCUGAACUUGGGAUUGCAUUUUGAAGACGACACUUUCCAAGCACUUGUUAAGAAUUUCAAAGUGAAUACAGGUAUGGGAGUUCAAGCACAAAUCACGUUGGACAAUGUGACGUACGACGUUGCCAUUGGUAACAGCAGAAUGGUUGUCCGCGACUACCCCGGUGCUCGGUUGGUAUUGGCAGAUAUGCUAGACACAGACUUGAAAGAUUCUGUGCUGUCGGUGUCGCACGUGGUAAUUGACGGUGAGUAUUGCGGCUACCUUGAGCUUAUGGAUUCGAUCAAGCCUAAUGCCCGGAAAGUGCUUGACUAUUUGCGGUAUGCACAAGGCUAUCAGGUGGGUAUUGUCACGGGUGACAAUAAAGAGGCUGCGCAUAUGGUGGGACAACAGCUUGGAGUGCCCAAGGGAAAUAUAUUCAGCGAGGUCACACCCAUCAACAAGGGCGAGGUGAUUUCCAACUUGAGGGAGAAGUUUGGUGGGUCUUCCAACAUAUCCAUAGCCUUUGUUGGCGACGGUAUCAAUGACGCGCCAGCGUUAGUACAGGCAGAUAUUGGCAUGGCCAUUAGCACCGGAACAGAUAUUGCUAUCGACUCGGCCGAAGUGGUGCUCAUGAGCCAGUCACUGGAGCAAGCUAACGAUUUGGCCGGGGUGAUCACGGCGCUCCAAGUGUCCAGCGCCACAUUCCGCAAAAUCAAGUGGAAUUUUGUCUGCGCUACAGUCUACAACAUGGCCAUGCUUCCCUUUGCCAUGGGCUGUUUCUUACCGCUCAACUUGAUGCUUCCACCUGGGGCAGCGGCCGCCGCUAUGGCCUGCAGUUCCAUUAGUGUUGUGGUGAAUUCGUCAUUGUUGAAGAAUUGGAAGCCUCCCAAGGUCGACAAGUACAGCAUUCCAGAAGAUGAAAUCGGCAUAUCAGAUUUCAGUUUGAAAGAAUCGAGCCGAGCAGAAUUCGACCAAAUCAAGAGAGGGCGCGGGUUACGGUUGAAGCGGCUGAUUUGGGCGGUGUUUGCGCGCAAAGCCAGGCAGAGCAAAAAUCACGCCCAGUACGAAAUGCUCCCAAACGAAGCAUAG